CUAGAUUUGCACAAGACACACUCAAAAUAUUUGACGCGAGCAACGAGACGCCGUAACAUUGAAUCAGACGAUACGAGCGGACAGGCAACACCAGAAAAUCACGUUGAAAGUCGAUUUGUUGAGGUCCGUCAGUUGGACGUACGUAUUCAUGAUGCAGUCUACUGCGCAAUCGCAUACCGAGUCGUCUUUGGAGCAGGAUAUCGUUUGCCUAGCAUCACGCAUAAUGCAUGUGAUUGAUGACAACUCGGUGGAGCCACAGGCCCGUGCUAUCGCUCAAUACAUGCUGCAUUCACGUGACAUGAAGCUUGAGUACGCGUGCGAAUUAUUGGCACGACCCGGGGCUCGGAAUGUUGUGAAUAAACUUUUGGAUUGCGAGUCCGAAUUCAUGGGACCGACGCCGCGCGCUCUCGGCAUCGACGUCGUCGCGUUCAUGACGGCUGGCAAGAUUCAACAAUCCCUCGACGUUAAACACUACCAAAAGACCAAAGCUAGCAACGUUGACAACUGUGAAAGCGCUUCGCGAAUGAACGCGACGAUGUCAGCCCAGAACAAAGCGCCAAUAAUAGUCGAUCGCAUCAUACCGCUUAUCAAAACCGAUUUGCUGUAUUCUGACCCGAAAUUCAUAUGGAUUCGUUAUCAUGCAUUCGAUAAUCGUGCGAUCGAGACCGAGUUGAUGAACACUCUUGAAGUUACGGUGCUGACGGUUGAGGACACAAUUUAUGAAGUGUAUUUCGCAAAGAGUACCCGGGUCGUUUUUAACAAAGCGAAAAUCGAGAAAAUCUUCGAAACGAUCGAACGAAAUGGCGCCGGUGGUAUCAUUUUUUGUUCAGAAUUGAAAUAUUUCAACUACAAUUCCUUACUGUUUCUUAGUAAUUACGUUAAAUUCACAUACUGUUAUAUGUUACGUCGCAGCACGUUUGAUCCCAAAGACUUUGACGAAGUGCAGGCGAUGACGAUUUAUUUGACGUACGGUUUGCUAUUUGUUAAAACUUCGAAUCUCACGAGCAUGCCAUUGGAGACACAUGGUCCGCUGAUUGCUUACACGGGCGAGCGUCCUAGUAUGGCACUGUCAAAAUUCAAGUCCGACCGUGUUUACGUGAACGAGGGUACUCGUGCUAUGCAAUCAAUGGAUCGUGGCUCAGAUAUUGGAGCACGUUCUAAUUACGUAGAAAUUGUUUCGACGUUGCGCCUCGAUGAUGCGUGUCUUUCCAACAUUUUGUAAAACAAAAACGGAAUUAAUAAAUAAACGAAAAAGUAAUUAAAAAAAA